AGGUUUUAAUUUCCAUGGCCCCAUAUGCAAACAGGUGUAUGGAAAUACCUUAGCUUGUCAGCUGUCAUCUUCAAUGGCUCCUUCUCUGCAUUUCUUCUCAUUUUUCAUUAUUUUUUACUCCCACAACUAGCCCUAGCUACCUCGAUCUAUUUAUUCACACCUAAAUUCGUCACUACUUUUGCACCAGGAAGGAAUCGCAAAAUGACGACGUACGGCGUCGUUUUAGUAUCUGCAUUUCUGUUCAUCAUGGCGAAGUCGGCUUAUGGAUACUACGGCGGCGGCGGCUGGAUUGGCGCCCACGCCACCUUCUACGGCGGCGGCGACGCUUCUGGAACCAUGGGCGGAGCUUGUGGCUAUGGCAAUCUGUACAGCCAGGGGUACGGCACGAGCACGGCGGCGCUGAGCACGGCGCUGUUCAACAACGGGCUGAGCUGCGGCGCGUGCUUCCAGCUGAUGUGCGUGAACGAUCCGAAAUGGUGUCUGCGCGGCUCGAUCAUCGUGACGGCGACGAAUUUCUGCCCGCCCGGGGGGUGGUGCGACCCGCCGCGCCACCACUUCGACCUGUCGCAGCCGGUGUUUCUGAGGAUCGCGCAGUACAGGGCGGGGAUCGUGCCGGUGGCGUACCGCCGGGUGCCGUGCCGUAGAAGGGGAGGGAUAAGGUUCACAAUCAACGGCCACUCGUAUUUCAAUUUGGUUUUAGUGACGAACGUCGGCGGCGCCGGCGACGUCCACGCGGUGGCGAUUAAAGGGUCGAGGACGGCGUGGCAGCCGAUGUCGAGAAAUUGGGGGCAGAAUUGGCAGAGCAAUUCUUACCUGAAUGGGCAGAGUUUGUCGUUCAGAGUCACCGCCAGCGACAGCCGGAGUGUGGUUUCUUACAAUGUGGCGCCGCCGCGGUGGUCGUUCGGGCAGACGUACUCGGGCGGCCAAUUCCGCUAGCUGAUAUAUAUAUAUGAUGCAGAUAGUAAGUAUAUAUAUAUAUAUAUUUUUUAUGACCGAUGAUGUCUGAAUUAAUUAAUUUAAUUAAUUAAUUAAUGUUUGUAAUUGUGUAAGUGUGGUCGUUGAUCUGUGCUAAAUUAAAACAGAGUUGUUACCGUAUGCAAAUGUUGAGGCCUUAAUUAAUUAAUUAAUUAAUUAUUUGUUGUUAAUUCAGCACA